AAAAAAAGCAAUCUAUUAAAAAAAAAUUGAUCCUAAUAUUGUUGUCGAUUACAACUGGGGCCACAAUUUUUAACCAUUUUACCUUAGUACGGACCAAUGCAACCUUUCAACUGUGAAAACUCCGACAUUGAGGUUUUCUCCUGUAAAGAUUGUAACUUCCAAACGGAACUCACCCUUCUCCUCAAAAAACACUUCGGAGAGCGCCACAGCCUGAAAAACUUUGCAAACGAGUUCGCCGUGAAACUCUACGUGUGCCAAAACUGCAACUUUGAAACUCACUUCGCUAUAAAAUGGCUUCAACAUACUAUAAAAUGCUCAAAAAGCGAAAUUUUCACGUGGUACAGUUGCGACCAGUGCGACUUUCAAACUAAAUACGUCUCAAAGUUAAAACAACACACUUUAGUCCAUGUGGACGAACACACAACAAAUUUGUAUCGGUGCAGAAAAUGCGACUACAAAACUAAAAAAAAAUCCGAUUUAAAGCGACACGCGAAUUGUAGACACCUGGACGAGAAUGUGUGGCACGACUGCGACGAGUGCGACUUCAAAUCCAAGCACAAAGAGUCGUUAAAAAUGCACAAAAUAAGAAAACACACGAAAGGCAACGAGGUGUGUUGGUACUACUGCACAAAGUGUGUGUACAAAAGCAACGAUAAAUCAACGUUAAAAAGACACACGAGUUUGCUUCAUGUGGACGACGGAGUGAUCCAGUGGCAUAAGUGCGAAAAAUGUACCUACAAAUCUAAGAUUCGCUACGAUUUAACCCGACACGUGAAAAUUAAGCACUUGGAUGAAGACAGUAUCAAGUGGUACCGAUGUAAAGAGUGCCCUUUUAAAACCAAGACGGGUUCAGGCUUGAAAAACCACACGAUUGCGUUUCACGCGGAAGGAGACGACGUUAAAUGGUACGCUUGUGACAAAUGUCCAUACAAAGCUAAACAAAAAUCGACUUUAAAGUCACACAUAAACGUGCACCAUUUGAGCGAAAAGGACGUCAGAUGGUACAGGUGUGAGAAGUGUACAUACAAAGCUAAAGCCCAUAGUAGCUUAAGGCAACACGUGAAGUUGCACCAUUUGGGUAAAGAGGAGAUCAAGUGGUACGAAUGCGGAAAGUGCCCAUACAAAGCCCGAAGAAACGAUUAUUUGAAAAGUCACAUGAAUGCGCAACAUUUGGACGACAAAGAUGUUAAGUGGUACGGGUGUGACAAGUGCCCGUAUAAAGCUAAAACCACCAGUAAUUUAAACCAGCACACGAAACUCCAUUUGGAUGUGAAAGAUAUUAAGUGGUAUGAAUGUAAAAAGUGCCCUUAUAAAGCCCGACGGAACGAUAAUUUGAAACGGCAUGUGAAUGCGCAACAUGAAAAAGUUCGGUUUGAGUGCCGAAAUUGCCCCUAUAAGGCUAAAAGUGAGCGACUUUUGCGGAGACACUUGAAAAAGCUGCAUUUAUAAAUACGUGUAUUGUGUGUUGCAUAUGUUGUGUAUUUUGAGGUUAUGUCAUCCGACGUGUAUUUUGUAAAUAAACAUGUUUUACGACGUAUAUUAGCCUGAAAUGUCGUUUCUGGAAUACUCCGACAAGUUCGCCCCCAUGAAAAUGCCCCCUCGUUGCAACCUCUGUCCCUUCUCCACG